AUGUCGUCGUUCUCAAACACAGAUACUGGUAGCAAGCCGUCUGGACCUUACUAUGAGAAGAACAUCGACAGAGAUGUAUCCCUAAAAGAGAAGGUUGAGAUUCUAAUUAAAUUUGUGUCGUCGUGUAAGUUUGGCAUGAUGACGACGCGAGACCCCUCAAGCGGGAAGCUGGUCUCUCGAUGCAUGGCCGUCGCAGGAAAGGAAGGCGGUGAUAUCGACCUAACCUUCACGACAAAUACAGAAUCGCACAAGACGGACGAGUUAAACGCUGACAGGCACACCAAUAUCUCGUUCUACGAUAACUCGGGCCAAUGGGCCUCAAUCGCAGGUGAGGCGAGCAUCGAGACAGACCGGGAGGUCGUGAAGAAGUACUACAGCCCGACGCUCAAGGCAUGGAUGGGAGACUUAGGCGACGGCGUUCACGAUGGAAGUGAGAACGACCCGCGAAUUGCUGUGUUAAGAGUCAAGACCAGUUCCAUCACAUAUGCCAUCACAGAUAAGACGGUACUAGGCAGGGUUGCUGAGAUCGCCAAGGGCACCGUCACGGGCGAAGCGGCUGGUGUUAAUAAGUUGAGAGAGAUUAGCGAGAGUGAGAUCCAGCAAUGGAGGGCCACUGCUUCAAAAUAG